AUGUGCGUAGCGGAAGAGACCUAUCGAUCUCCAGAAAUAACAGCGAUCGCCGCGACGCAGAAGAUCCGCGGUGGGGCUGCGCACUCCUGCCCCAGCCGCGCAACUGCCGCUCUUCAUACUCUUAUUUUUCGUAUCUUGCCGGAGGAACAGAAGAAAACGAAGAUGAGGCCACCAUCAUCGCAGUUCGGUGCCGACAUCACCAACACAGUGAUGAAUGACAAUGUCGCCAAGAUGAUCUGCACCAGGUUGGCAGGGAGGGCUGUUAUCCGCGUCGUCAGCCGAUGUGACGAAGCAAAGGACAACAACAACUUAGGUAAGUCCUGGUUGUGUUCCGCUUCAACCUAA